AUGGGUCUGCUCCUGGGCCUGGCCAAACUGGCCAUAAACAGAUCCAGCCAGCGGGUCGUGGAGGAGGUCAUUAGGCCCAACUACCUGUCCCUCUUCCGUGGUUAUAUUAGAGCCCGAGUGUCUCUGGAGAAGGAGCACAUGGUGUCCACCCACACGCAUGAGCUGUUCAGGGAGAGUUCCCCAAAGGAAAUGUCGCAGAUAAGGAAAUCCGAAUUCUCCAAUUUCUCUGGUUGCUGCUUCGAGUUAGAGAAGACUUAUGAGAGUUUUGAGUGUCAGAUUUCCCUGAUGGGUUUCUCGGGCAAGUCGCUGGUCUUCCAGACUCAAACCGACAAUUCUUACGUGAAGCUGCUUCCGGCCGGAUUUUCCCAGCUCUCUGCAUUCACUCUCUGCCUAAGGGCCGCCUCGGAGGCGAAGCGAGGCUACAGCCUGUUCUCCUACGCCACAGCGACUAAGGACAACGAGUUGCUGCUCUGGCACAACGAGAACACCAAGCUCUCCCUCCGCCUUGACACUGACUUGCUCGAUUUUGACCUCCCAGAGCUGGACGCCCAACUGAGACACAUCUGCGUGACCUGGGACUCUCUGACCGGACUCAUCACCUUCUGGAUCAAUGGAGCCCGGAGCCUUCGCAAAGUUGGCCAUCAGGGUGGCGUGGUGGCUGGAGGGGGCAUGGUUAUCCUGGGGCAGGAGCAGGACCAGGAAGGGGGUGGGUUUGACAGACAGCAGAGUUUUGUAGGGGAGUUGACAGAUGUUAACCUCUGGGAUCAUGUCCUGUCCCCAACAGACAUCAAGGUGUUAAAUCGAGGGUGCCACCUCGCAGGGGGUAACAUCAUCAAUUGGGCAACAGUGGAAUACGAGAGCAAGGGAAUAGUCAACAUCCGGGACAAUAAAGACUGCAAGCACCAAGCUGCCUACACUCACACAGAAUCUAACUCUCACUCAUUUUCAUGUGCACACAUAAUGUGCAAGGCACCAGAGGACACUUUUUCAGCAAAGUUCACAGCUCACCAGUUCAUUUGCUGA